GCGGCGAGCGCACGGUGAAGCGGCUGCGACUGUCCCGGGCGCUGACGGUGCCGGAGAGCACCACCGUGCUGGAGGUGUGCCGGCGGAUGGCCGCGCGCAGGGCCGACGCCGCGCUCCUUACCGACUCCAACGCGCUGCUCUGCGGCAUCCUCACCGACAAGGACAUUGCAACGAGGGUGAUCGCACGGGAGCUCAAGAUCGACGACACGCCGGUGUGGAAGGUGAUGACGCGGCACCCGAUCUUCGUCCUCUCCGACACGCUCGCCGUCGAGGCGCUGCAGAAGAUGGUCCAGGGCAAGUUCAGGCACCUGCCGGUGGUGGACAACGGCGAGGUGGUCGCCAUGCUCGACAUCGCCAAGUGCCUCUACGACGCCAUCGCCAGGAUGGAGAGGGUGACCGAGAAGGGGAAGGCGGCCAUCGCCAACGUGCCCGAUGGCGACGACAAGUUUUCCAUUGUCGAGGCUUUCAAGGAGCAAAUGUUCAGACCGUGCCUGUCCGCAAUCGCCAGUACAGACUCAACAGUCGUCAUGGUAUCGCCUGGUGAUUCGGUUCUCGCAGCGACCAAGAAGAUGGUCGAAGCGCAUGCGAGCUCAGCUGUGGUGGCUGUGGGGAACAAGGCUCAAGGCAUCCUGACUUCAAGGGAUAUCUUGAUGCGCGUUAUCGCCAAGAAUCUCUCUCCGGACUCGACUCCGGUUGAGAAGGUGAUGACUCCUGAUCCUGAAUGCGCCACGGUUGACAUGCCUAUACUCGACGCGCUACGGACAAUGCAGGAGCGCAAAUUCUUGCAUCUGCCUGUGAUGGAUAGAGACGGCUCCAUCAUUUCCAUUCUUGAUGUGAUCGAUAUCACACAUGCGGCAAUCUCCAUCGUUGAGAGCAGUGGCGAAGGGAGCGACGACGCGGCGGCAUCAAUGAUCCAGCGGUUCUGGGACUCCGCCAUGGCCCUAGGGCCCCUGGACGACGAGACAGACACCCAGUCCCAGAUGAGGUCCCAGAUGAUGUCUGAAGCCCACCACGAGUCCGUUGCCGGCAGCGAGGCGGUGUACCCCUCUGUGUUCUCGUUCAAGCUCCAGGACAGGCGAGGCCGGAUGCACCGGUUCAGCUGUGAGGUCCAGAGCUUGACGCCGCUGGUGACCUGCAUCCUCCGGCGGCUCGGCGCCGACAUCGACCCUGACCGCCUGCCACAAAUUCUGUACGAAGACGAGGACGGGGACAAGGUGGUGCUCGCGUCGGACGACGACCUCGCCGCCGCGGUGGACCACGCGAGGCUGGCCGGAUGGAAGGGCCUGAGGCUGUUCCUGGACUACUCCGGCACCACCGGGCGUAGGAAAGCUGUGGCCUCCGGUGGCGCCAUGGCGGUGGGCAUGUCGAGCCGGGACGCGUGGGCGGCGGCGUACAGCGGUGUGGCUGCCGGGGCUGCCCUCGUCACCGGGAUCGGCGUGAUGGCGUAUCUCCGAAGAUCUGGAUAG